UUUUUUCUAACCACAUGUUGCUCACACUGAGAGAGUAUUUUAUUUAUUUUCUCACCACGGAUCAUACGGAAUAAAAACCUUGUUAAACUGGGAUUUUCUUCAAUCUGAAUUCAACAGUAAAGCAGAUUUAAUCUCAGACUGAUUGUUCUUGUGGGACUAGUUUUAUUAGGAUCCUACUAGUUGUCUGGAUAUAAUACCAGUCUGUCUUUGAGAUGGGGUCCAGAACUCUGCUUCUUAUUCUGGGUCUUCAUUUCAGUCUACUGGGGAAUCUAGAGGCCAUAGUUUGCCCCGGGGGCUUCAUAGCCAAUGGGACAAAAUCAUGUGUUGAUGCAGAUGAGUGGGAAAGUGCCCCACCCUGUGUUAGUAAUGCCACGUGUUACAACACAUAUGGGAGCUUCUACUGUCAGUGUCUACCUGGGUUUGUAUCCACAACGACUUUCAAGUUUACUCCUCUCACUGGGGAGUGUAAGGAUCUCAAUGAGUGCGAGGUGAAACCACAGCCUUGUGGCAGCAACAACAAUUGCAGCAACACCAUCGGGAGCUUCAACUGCCUGUGUCAACCUGGGUUCAGAUCCACAACUGUCAACUUUACUGCUCUCACUGGGGAGUGUAAGGACGAGGACGAGUGUAAGGAGCAGACUGCUGAUUGCCCCAACAACUCAUUCUGUGUGAACACCCCAGGAUCUUACGACUGCAUCUGUCUGUCUGGGUACACACUAACAGAGAGCAAGGGGGGGUGUAAAGACAUCAAUGAGUGUAGCGACUGCCCCUGUACUUCCGAAAACAGCAAAAGAGGAGAUGGGGAUUGUAACGAUGAGUGUAAUGUAACUGCUGGUAUCUGUGGAGAGGGAGGGACCUGUCAGAACAUGGAAGGAAGCUACAGUUGCCUCUGUCUCCCAGGAUACAGUAACUAUGGGAACAAACAGGCUAGGUGCUCAGUACUGACCUGUGACCAGUUCAAAGCGGAUCAGACUCCUGGACAGACUGUCCCAGGUUUAACUGGUCUCCUGUCUCUGAUGAGGAACAGCUGUCUGGCGUUAAGUAACUUGGGGGACGCAGCCGGAGGGAGACUGACUGGAGAGGUGUUACUGGAGAAUGUCUUCACGGAGAUAAACAGUUUCCUGUCUCAAGGUAUCCUCAGCAACAGCCGGGAGGUGAGUGGGUUGCUAGGCGCUGUGGAGGACGCCAUGAAGCUCAUCGGGCCACAGCUCAGAGACAACCACACCACCAUGGAGACAGACCACGCAGAGGCAGAGCUUGCAGUGAGGAGGGGACAGACUCCGCCCACUGGGCCAAUCAACCUGGCCAAUGACAACGCUCGACUGGACACCAGCUGGGAGACAGCCACCGCCAACGGGACGUACCCAGGUUUCGCUCUGGUUGGGUUGGUGUGUUACAAGACAAUGGAGACAUCUGUCAACAACUCCUUCCAGUACCUCACAGACACAGACACAGACACAGACACAGACACAGACACAGACACAGACACAGACACAGACACGGCGUCAAAGCCUAGCUACCAGAUCAGUUCCAAGGUGGUAACAGCUCUCGUCAGUAACCCAGCAACAGACCAGCUCGCCCAGCCUGUCAUCCUCACCUUCAAACAUCUACAGGUGAGGACAGAGUCAUCAGAAAUGAACUAUACCUGUGUGUUCUGGCGUGUCCAUGAAGAGGGAGGGGCGUGGUCAAGGCGUGGCUGUACCAAAGUCACAUCUAACGCUACACACACCGUGUGUUCCUGUACCCACCUAAGCAGCUUUGCUGUUCUCAUGGCCCUCUACCCUGUACAGGAUACCUUUGAGCUGCGUCUGUUGACGUGGCUGGGUCUGUCGGUGUCUGUGGUGUGUCUGUUGCUGUGCAUCCUGACUUUCUGGCUGUGUCGGUCCAUCCAGGGGACACGCACCACCAUCCACCUCCACCUCUGUGUCUGCCUCUUCAUCGCUGACCUUGUCUUCCUCACCGGCAUCUCUCACACACAGAGCAAGGGAGGAUGUAGGGUUGUAGCAGGUCUCCUCCACCUGUUCUUCCUAGGAUCCUUCAGUUGGAUGUUGUUAGAGGGGGUUCAGCUCUACCUCAUGGUGGUCCUGGUCUUCAACACUACCAUAAGACCUCUGUACCUGUAUGCUGUGGGAUAUGGCCUGCCACUGGUUGUUGUCAUCAUCUCUGCUAUCACCUACCCAGAUGGAUACGGUACCACACAACACUGUUGGUUGUCUCUGGAGAGAGGAUUCAUCUGGAGUUUCUUCGGCCCAGUGUGCACCAUCAUCAUCCUCAACGCUUUCAUCUUCAUCAUCACUGUUUGGAGGCUGGCCCAGAAGUUCUCGAGUCUCAACCCUGACCUCUCCAACCUAAACAAGAUCAAGGUGUUCACAGUGACAGCAGUGGCCCAGCUGUGUGUGUUGGGUACUAUGUGGAUAUUUGGAGUGUUCCAGUUUCAAGAGGAGGGGACAGUGGUCAUGACAUAUCUCUUCACUAUCCUCAACUCUCUACAGGGAGCACUGCUGUUCAUCAUGCACUGCCUACUGAACAAAACGGUUAGAGAGGAGUAUGGCAAGCUCCUGUCCUGUAUCUGCACACCACAGAAGAAGAGAUACUCGGAGUUCAGCACUACCAACCCUUCCUCUAGCCAAUCCCAGGGGUCAAGGGAUCCCCAAAAUACAGGGGGGUUGCAGAUAUGAUGACAUCACCGAACCCCCACAAUGCACCUCUUUACUCCCCUUCCCUUUUCCGGCCUGGUCAGUAGAAAAUGUGCCCUACUAUCCCGGCUGGUUAGUAAAAAUGUGCUCAAUCUAGAACCAAAAAUGGUUAUUCGGCUGUACCUGUAGGAGAAUCCUUUGAAUAACCCUUUUUUGGUUCCGGAUAGAACAUUUUUUUUGUUCGAGGUAGAACCUUUUUGGAUUCCAUCUAGAUACCUUUCCACAGAGGGUUUUACCUGGAACCAUAAAGGUGCUUGUAUGUGGACAGCCAAAGAACCCUUUUGGAACCCCCUUUUUCUAAGCGUGUACUAGCCUGGCUGGUCAGCAGAAAAUGUACCUUACUAGCCCGGCUGAUCAGCAGAAAAUAUACCUUACUAGCCCGGCUGAUCAGUGCUUGGAAUCCUUAAAUUCCACCCCUGAUUAGACACCUGUCUUAUCAAGCGUUACGUUAUCCAAACAGAAGUUAUAUUAUCUUCAUGCCAUCCAAUAGGAAUCCAUAUCCUCUUUAUGUCAUCCAAUAGGAUAAGAGGGAGAAGGAAGUGACAAUGAUGCAAUGAUGUCACAGUAGUUUAAUUUUCACCGACGUAACAUUUACAUUUCAGUCAUUAAACAGAUGUUCAUAUGCAGAGCAUCUCACAGAUAGAAAAGAAAGAAGCCCCAUAUGAUGUUUAUGUCAUCCAAUAGGAAUCCAUAUGAUCUUAUGUCAUCCAAUCAGAAGUUACAUCCUCUUUAUGUCAUUUUUACAGCCACAGAAGAUCAGUACUAUUUUACACCACGUCUUCAAAUAGAUGAAACCACAAACAGAAGCGUUCUUCCUUUACAGUAAUGUGAUAGAUUUAUAGUAAUAUUUAUUACCAAGAGCACAAGAGAGGGUGACUUUUCUACACAAAUAUGUGAAGAUAUGUGUUAGUUGUGACCUAAUGGAGUGUUAUACUAUAAAUGUGUGUAUUUUCUGCAGUCUGCAGUCAUUAAUACUUCAUAAUAACUUUCAAGAAUAGACCUUUUCAAAUUAUUAUACAUAUUUAUUAAUACUUAUAAUAAUUAUUUCAAACGUUGUUUAAAUGCUAAUGUAAUGGAAGGCUUGUAAUGCUUACACAUUCUUAUAAAUGUUUAUAAACGCUUAAAAAACAUAUAUUUUUUUAUAGUUCAUAAAUUGUUUAUUAAAACGCUUAUUCGUUAUAGUUAUUAUGCAGUGUUACCAUAGCAACCUCUAUCAGGGCCUUCAUGCACCCCAAUAAUCUGACGGGACACAGACUAUGAGAGGAUGGCUGGUGGGUGGUCCGGAAGGGGGCUAGUUGAAUCAUUUUGAAUUUUUCAAACACCUGAAAAAGCUUUUUCCUGCUAUCUAGAGCCAUAACCAUUAUGCUUAAUUCUAUGUCAAAUGUAUAUAUUUUACAUAGAAUAUAUAUUUUUUGCGUGUCUAAGUUUACUUAUUGAGCUGUCUGUACCCUCCUGACUGGUGAUUAUUAUUAUUAUGCAUCACUUUUUAAAAUCUGCCUAAAAUAUUCAAAGCAAUAUGAGUCUUCAGUACAUUUAGUUAUUGCUUGCUUUUCCAAAGUCUACCAACCCUGCCAGCAGGCAUGCCAGCUGAGAUAGUUAACACACAGGAUAAGCCCCUGUGUCCCCUGUGGGCAUGAUACCUCUGACCUUUGACCUCUAUGCAUAUAAUGAGAGAAUAGAAUAGAGUCUUUGAGUAGAACAUGGCUUCAUCAAUCACACUGCUUUUGUCCAAAAACAGCGUUUAUCAACAGGUUUUUUUCAGAAAUCCCAGUUGAAAGAUUCCCGGAAUCAGGAGAAAAUAAGCAGGAAAUCUGGAAUUCUCCAAUCGGGAUUUGGGGGAAAGCCUGGACAUUUGUUUGAAAUGUUAAAGAAAAUGUGAUACCCUACGGGCGUUUUCCUGUACACAGGAAGGUUUGUUUACUUCUGACCAACAGAACCCGGGUCCAGCGACUGUGAACCCAACACCUUAGUUGUUACGCCAAGAGAACACAACCUCCUGGCGAGGUCGCUACCAUAGAUAAUAUUAUAAUAUCAUGAAUAAAGUAGUAGAGGUCCUUAGGUACAGAUCUAGGACCAGAAUACAGUAGUGUACUGUACAGUUCUGCCACGGUAGAGGUUGUCCUUAGGUACAGAUCUAGGACCAGAAUACAGUAAUGUACUGUACAGUUCUGCCAUGGUAGAGGUCCUUAGGUACAGAUCUAAGGUACAUCAAAUUAUAUAUUUUUUUACUUUUAAAUGAGUGAUGUAUAGCCAUUGAUUCUUGAAGAAUAUGACUUAUAACUGCCUAAUAAGUGAAGUUCAACUGUUCAAGUUCAACAUCAGUGUCACGCCCUGACCUUAGAGAGCGUUUUUAUUUCUCUAUUUGGUUAGGUCGGGGUGUAAUUUGGGUGGGCAUUCUAGUUUUUCUAUUUCUUUGUUGGGCGGAUAUGGUUCCCAAUCAGAGGCAGCUGUCUAUCGUUGUCUCUGAUUGGGGAUCAUACUUAGACAGCCUUUUUUCCACCUCUAGUUUGUGGGAUCUUGUUUUUGUGUAGUGCCUGUGAGCACUCCAGUCGUUAUGUCUCGUUUGCUGUUUAUAGUUUUUGUUGGUGAGUUUCAUUUAAAUAAACAUGUGGAACUCCAUGCACGCUGCACCUUGGUCCGCUCAUUUCAACGAACGUGACAAUCAGAACCCAAAAUAUAAGCUUGUGUUAAUCCAUUGUUUAUAAACAAUGUCACAUGGUUAAAAAAACAUAAUUUUGAGCUCACGGAUGUUCUUGCAUUCAUAGCUCAGUCUAUUAUUUGAAAGUGGUUACAUCAUCGCUCAGCUGAUAACCAAAACAAGAGGAGGGUGGGGGGGGAACCCCUUUUGAAAGUGGUUACAUCAUCGCUCAGCUGAUAACCAAAACAAGAGGAGGGUGGGGGGGUGGAACCCCUUUUGAAAGUGGUUACAUCAUCGCUCAGCUGAUAACCAAAACAAGAGGAGGGUCGGGGGGGAACCCCUUUUGAAAGUGGUUACAUCAUCGCUCAGCUGAUAAACAA